AACUGUCAAAAGUUGUUGUAAACAUUAAAAAUUUUGCACGCUCCGGCAUCGCGGAAACCGUAAUUGCGGUUUGGUUUAAAAGAUUUAGUAGCGUUUUGGGCAUAAAAGUGUGAAAAUUACGUGUGAUUUUUUUUUACAACAAUACAAAGGAUAACAUUUGCGUCUUAAGCGAUCAUGGCUUUGCGUGCAGAGUUCGAAAACAAUGACGAUAUCGGUGUGUUCAGCAAACUUACCAACUCAUACUGCCUGGUUGCCAUCGGUGGUUCAGAAGCGUUCUACAGUGUGUUUGAAUCGGAGCUAGCGGAUGUUAUUCCAGUCGUGCACACUAGCGUUGCCGGAUGUAGAAUUAUUGGCCGGUUGUCGGUAGGCAACAAAAAUGGUUUAAUCGUCCCCAACAGUACGACAGAUGUGGAACUGCAACACUUGCGAAAUUCACUGCCAGAUGCAGUGAAAAUUCAUCGCGUCGAGGAACGACUGUCGGCGCUAGGAAAUGUGAUUGCAUGCAACGAUUACGUUGCACUGGUACAUCCCGACAUCGAUCGCGAAACGGAAGAGAUCAUUGUCGAUACACUGGGCGUGGAAGUGUAUCGUCAGACGGUGGCAAACAAUGUGCUCGUUGGUGCGUAUUCCGUGCUGAGCAAUCAGGGUGGACUUGUGCACCCGAAAACACCGAGCCAGGAGUUGGACGAGUUGGCAUCGCUUCUACAAAUUCCACUCGUAGCCGGCACAGUGAACCGGGGUUGUGAGGUAUUGGCAGCGGGCAUGGUAGUAAACGAUUGGUGUGCUUUCUGUGGCACCAGCACAACCUCGACAGAGCUGUCGGUGGUAGAAAGCGUAUUCAAGCUGAACGAAGCACAACCUUCAAAUGUCACCAGCAACCUCCGAGCGUCCUUGAUCGAAGCGAUGUCGUAAAAUGGCAGAAAUUUCGAAGGAAACAACGAAUGUGCGAUUACCCGCUCGAGCUCCUUGAGGAAUUGUGCCUUCGGUUUCAUCACGUUCGGUCGAUCACCGCGACAGUUUGGGCAGUACCAGCGACCCUUCGGUUUCGAGAUAAGCGAAACACAGCUAAAGUGGAACCACUCGAUCGGGCAGAG